UUAUUGCAACCGACAUGUGGGUGUGUUUCCUGCCUGUCUAGCAGGCAAGACGUUGUCUGCGACCGACCGCGAUCACUGCCACGCGACAGGCCAAACACUAAAGGCUAGAUCUUGGCCUAGUAGACCGUGAAGGAAAAACGGCUUUAGUUGGAAUUUGUAAGCCGGUAAAUUAUAACUGUUCAAGUCAAGUUAUUUGAGUUCGAGGCCACAACUACAACAACCACUGACCAAGUCGCUGCUUCAUCGCCAGUAGCGAAGACAAUCAGAAGAAGGAGCGACAAAGCAAACGAAGAGAGGACUUUUUUCGUUCCAUCGUCACUGUUGUUAUCAUCAAAUCGCGGCAGACGAAAUAAUAAGCAAUAAGACGAAGAAUAUCAUCGACGCCUGUCUUCCUCUUGGCCAUCGAUCGCCGACGACGAAGAAGAGUACUGAGCAAUAAUAAGAGUAUCAUCAUCAACACCCUUUUUUCCGUUUCUUCGUCAUCGUCAACAGCAACAAUCGUACGCCAUGUCUGGGGAUGAGUCCUACGUGCUGGUGACGGGAGGGGCGGGCUACAUCGGCAGUCACACGGUGGUAGAGCUGCUGGCCGCGGGCUACAGUGUGGUUGUGCUGGACAACCUGGUCAACGCCAGCAUGGAGAGCAUGACCCGUGUGGAGGAGAUCUCGGGGAAGAAAGUACCGGCCCAUCAGGUCGACCUUCUGGACAAGGACGCCAUUAGGAAGAUCUUCCAGACUUACAAAGUGUCGGUGGUCAUGCACUUUGCUGGUCUGAAGGCAGUCGGCGAGUCGGUGGAGCUGCCCCUCCUCUACUACCACAACAACGUCGGAGGAACAGUCAACCUGCUGCAGGUGAUGCAGGAGUUUGACGUGAAGAACAUCGUGUUCUCCAGCUCGGCCACCGUGUACGGCACCCCCCAGUACCUUCCCGUGGAUGAGGCUCACCCGACCGGAGGCUGCACCAACGCUUACGGGAAGACCAAGUUCUUCAUCGAGGAGAUUGUCAGGGAUCUCUGCAACUCGGACAAAACUUGGAACGCCGUAUUGCUGCGUUACUUUAACCCAGUGGGGGCCCACAAGUCUGGCAAGAUCGGGGAAAACCCACAGGGCGCGCCCAACAACCUGAUGCCGUACGUGGCCCAGGUGGCUGUGGGGAGGCGGGAACAUCUGACCGUCUACGGCAGCGACUACGACACAAAGGACGGCACCGGUGUUCGUGACUACAUUCACAUAGUUGACCUUGCUCAAGGUCACGUAGCAGCUACAAAGAAGCUGCAGACUGGCUGUGGAUGUGUGGUGUACAACUUGGGCACUGGCGUGGGCUACUCUGUCUUGGACAUGGUCAAGGCUUUUGAGAAAGCUAUUGGAAAAACGAUUCCCUACAAACUGGCAGGACGGCGGCCAGGAGAUAUUGCUACAGUGUACGCCAACCCAGAGAAGGCCGAGAAAGAGCUGGGCUGGAAGUGUACCCGCAACCUGGACGAGAUGUGUGAAGAUCUGUGGAGGUGGCAGUCGAACAAUCCCUAUGGCUACAGCAAAGGAGAAAGUUAAUGCCGGGUUCCUUCUAGAUCUUUUUUUGUGGGGGGUGGGGGGAAAAACUCUGAAUGAAUUUGACGCCUGUGUGUUUUAGUGUGGUCAGUUGAGAGCUGUCCAGCAGGGGAGUUUUAGAUAUUCAUGUUUCCGACUGACCGUAGAAUGUGGGUUUUUGACCUUCGGGUUUUUUGGUAUUUUUGUGCUCUCUUUCUUUUCCUCGUUUCUCAAAUAUAUAACCUUCUAUUCUCUGUUCUCUAUCCCCCCCCCCCCCCCUUUGUUUUCCUACUCUACCCCUCUCCUUUGUUUUAUUUUGGAUUGUUAAUGGAAGUAUUACAGUGAAAUAGAGGUGUGGAACCCUAUGGUGUGAAGGAAGUGAUCAUGAUAUAAUAACUAACCUGAAAUAAUGGUAGGCUUUUCUGGUGAUUUAAUUUUUGCUGCAAGACCUCAGUUUUGAUAUUUGUAGCUGAGAAUAAACGAUCAACUGAUUAACUGAUUUUGUUUGACAAUUUAACAAGGUCAAAUCGAUGGCUGGGUCCAAGACUUCGACAAACGCCAAAUUGCAAAAUGAUGUUCAUCGGAGUCUUGCGUCCAGCCAUCAGAAUGUAAAUUCUGGGUGUAAGCUACUCCAACAUGUGCCUGCCUUGUUGAAGCUGCUACUUGUGAGAAUUUUCUAGUCUACUCUGUAGAGUCAUCGGGUCAGUUGUGUUUUUUCCCCCCCAUGUCCUGCAUGUUCUUCCCUUGGUUUUGCCCUCACCCCGCUGAAAAACGAAAGACUCAAUGCGUUUUCUGCUGCAGGAUGUUUGCAACUUUUGUUUUUGUUGACAUUCUUAAGUCGUUGGGUCAAAGUGUGGCUGCUUGCUUAAAAGUUCUAAGCUGUAGUACUUUAGUUUGAAUUAUGUUACGAAGGUUGCACAUCUUGAAAAGAAUUGUGAAUUUUACAGUAGCACUGCCUGUGACAGCAGAAAAGGCAGAUAUAGGAAUCAGGUAUGAUCAUUUUUGCAGAAAACAGAUUUCCGAGAAAGAAAUCAAUGUCAGAUUGUAGAUUUACAAAGUGUUCAAAAUUCCAGUCACUUCGUAUUUUGAACAACAGUAGCCUUGUUCCAACACUUCUGGUGGUAUUCCUGCUUGUCAAUGAGAAGAAUGUGCUGAACAUGGGGGAGACCUGUGACCCCGUGACCUAUGCUCUUAUCCAGGGUUUGUUUUCAUAUGUCAUAAAUUUCUUUGCCACGUAAUUUAAGAUUGUAAAUUGCAGACUGACUGCUCAGAUAUUUUCGUGCAAUUCAAUUCCCAACACACAUGGACAAAGGCGUGUUUGUAUUGGUUGCUUGUUUCAUAUAAGCAAAGAAGGGGGAAUGGAUGAACUAUUAGUGCGAUUGCCUCCCUUUGCUGCUGCGUUUUUAAAAAUCAAACGAGGAAGUUGAAACAGUCACGAAGUAGUCCUUUGUCUCCUUCAGGGAUUUUGUGCCGACUUUUGGGACUUGGGCGAGUGAGCCUUGGCACGAUGAAGAUAGUCCUGAGCUGUAUGCUGAGGCUGGUGCUUACGCUAGUGGCACACCAGUGAUGAGCUCUGAGCUCCCCGACCAUUCACCUCACGAUGCAGGAGGGCAGUUAUGUCUCAUUUAUAGCUGAUUUUUACCUUAUGUCAUGUUCUACUUAUUACCCCUCCUGGAAAUAUUAUUGACUCAACUACCACGGUCAAAAAUGUAAAAAGGUUCCAUUAGCAGUGUGGGUUGUUUUGUUCAUUGAUGGAAUCUUUUUUGCUCUUGACCCGUGAAUUUCAAAGUUACAGUUCUGUGAGUAGUAUUUCCUUGUGGUCCUGUGGUUUUUUUUUCUUCUACGAACAUCCCUGUCAUCACCUCAACUUGUUUUGAUAAUUUUAUUUGAUUUUUUGAUGGGUUUGUUUCAUACUUUAAAACCUGAUCUUAUCUUUAAUGUGAAUCUAAAUCUUAUUUAUUUAUGACCUUUAUCACUUUGUGGGAGAAUGUUUGAGGUGUUGUAAUAUAUUUGUGCUCUGCUAUGUUCAUUCUACAACUGGCCCAAGUCGCUUUGCAAUUUCUCAGAAAAUGAAGUUAAAUUCGGUGUCUGGUUGCCUCAGAACUAUUUUGUCCAAAGUAAAGACUUAAGUAAACUUUGGACCAAUUCGUUCUGAGGCGACAAUCUGUUCAAAUUUCUAAAACUCAUUCCUAUGAAUGCCAUGUCAACACACACACAGGUGCUUUUGUAUUUGUUUUGAAACAAGUAAAAGUGUGAAGAUUGUCUGAGGGAGGUAGUGACCUUUCAAUUAAAAAAAAUAUGACUUGGGCAGUUGUGAAAUGAGCAUAUUAUAAUAGCUUUAUUAAUAUUUGAGGAUCAUAGUACAUGUUCAUAUAUACACACUGCUGCUUUUUGUAUUUUUAUAAUUUGCAUGCAGAGAAAAAAAAGAGUAUGUGUGUUAUGACUAUACAGAUUAAUGUUAUGUUGUCAAGUAUGAAGAGGUGGAGAGAUAAUAGUAUCUUAUCCACUUAUUCUGUCUCCCUGUUGAUUUUGAGUAUUAAUGCAUCCCAUGUGGCUUGUGGUAUUAUCAUAUUAUAUGUGCAGAGUGCUUACAUGUGGUCUGUUGAGUUCCUCCUGGUGUUCAUUUGGAUACAGCUGCAAAAGUACAGUAUUGAUUGUUUUUAAUACCCUAAAGGAGCAGUCAGAUCUAUGGUAUUUUUUUUUUUAAAGUAUAUUAUAUUUAUUAUUACUCUUUUGGUAAUUGCUUAAGAUCUUCUUUGGACAUUGUAUGCUAUGUGUUGAGACAUGCUCAAAACUUCUCAUAUUUUUUAAAUCUCCAACUCAAAAGAAAAACAGCUUUGUGACCAUAAUGCUUGCUCGGCAUUAUAAUGUGGAUGCAAAUACUACGCUGAAGUUCAAACAUGCUCCUGGUGAAUAAAAGUUUGACGUGUCCUGCUCCAAAUAAAAAAGUUUUCAAGCAAAGGUGCCAGACUUCAGGCCAGUUGUUGAGAAGUGGUUGCACUUUGUUUAAGAACAGUCUUGAAACAAAUUGUUUUUGACAAAAUGGUCCAUAAAUUUUUAGUCCCUGCAUGCACAUUUUCAGGAGGUCCAAAAGUUCAGUAUGUUUUUCACAGCUAAUUGGUACCUCUGUUCAAGAACAUCAGAAUGAAUAUCAACAGCUUUACAAUGUCCAUCAACAGGAAGUCUGUUACUGAUCUGAUCGUGUUUGUUGCUUUGUUUUUACUUUUUUAAAUUGGAUUUUCCGUAGUUGCCAACCACUCACAUACUUGAAUCACAGAGGCUUACUUUCUCCUUCUUCAGUUUUCAAAUGAUAAAAGUUUAUUGGCUAGAGAAGGUACAUUCUUGUCUCAGAAUGGUAAAUGACUUGUUACUCUUUUCUCUUUUCUUUCCAACGGUUUGAAAGACUUUGUUCCAAUAGAAGAACUUGAAGUAGAUCUUAUAAUGGUGGAUUGUCGCCUCAGAACUAUUUUGUCCCAAGUGUACUUAAGUAAAGAAGCACUUUGGACAAAAUAGUUCUGAGGUGACGAAGUAUUCUAUUUUACUUCAUCAAUGUAGAGGGUUAGCUAUAUUCUGUAAUGUGUCGGUUCAAUUUUUUUCCACCUUAAGAACUGACGACACUCACUACUAGAUACUAGUAUGUUAGUUGUGAGACAAAAGUGUUGUUAUUGCAAAUACUGUCACUUUACCCUGGAGUCUAGGAAAGGUUUUUACAAAGUUAUGUCUGACAUUUUUAGCCAUUUUGAGUUACUAAUACCACGAGAUUAGAAAUUAAAUGCUCUAUCUGCUCUAUCAAAAUCAGUAUACACAACAUUGAACUGAAUCGUUAUCAAGAUAGUCAAAGAAUUGCAUUUUAAAAAUCUUUACAUAUUGUGUCAAAAUUCUUUAUGUCAAAUUUAUCAAAACUGAGCACUGAGCAGAUAGAACUUUGUAAUUCUAUGGUAGCGUUUUGUCAGCUCUUUGGUGAACACCCAGUGUUUAAAGGCCCUUAUCAUAGUGACAUGAAACUGGUAACAUAUAUUAUCUCUUGUGCUUGUGAUGAAGCAAGCAUUAAGUAGGAGAAUGUUUAGUAUGCAAGGAAAGAAAUGGGUAGUGAGCUAGUGGUUUAGUCUGUGGCAGAGAAAUGAGUGUUGAGACGUAGAUUUUUUAAAUUAGUAGGUUGAAUCCGUUGAUUUAUUUUUUAUCCACGUUGGGUAUUCUACCAGGCAUUACUGUGUACAUUUUUUAGCAGAAUUUUUGUCAAAAUUUUUUUCGCUUGUUCUUGUCUACCAUUUGGUCAUGAUACAUUUCAUUCAUAGUCUUAUACACGACGUUUUAAAUGUCUUCCUAGAUUUUCUAGCUGUGGACCUUGCCAGACGUCUUGGACAGCACAAUUAUAAUAUUGAGAAAAAAAUGCAGUGGGGAAAGUGGAAAGUGUCAUUUGUACAGGUGAAUUCGGUUACACUCUUCUAUUUUUUUAAAGUGAUGUUGUUAGCAUCUUCCCUGAACAUGAAGUCACUGACCUUAUCCAAGUUGCAUUUGCCAGAGGUUGCUGCUCGGUUGCUGCAGAGAUUUUCAUCUCGUUAGUGUUCAUUUCUGGCUGUGGGAAAUGGAAACUCUUGACCUCCAUCGAGAGUGAGAAGUGCUCCUUUUGACCUUCAGCCAGAUCAUGCUUUGCUGAAAGGUCUAUGGAUAUCUAUAACACAUCUUUUUUUUAAUGGAAAGAAAUUUUUUGGAGUAAAAACAGCUGAUUUCAGUUCUUGAUAAGAAACAUUUUUUUUCUUUUGGUUUUGUUAAUAUUCUUCAUGUUGGAUCUGUCCUUUAAGGUUUUCUGUGAUGACUUUCUUCGUCGGCCAGCUGUUCAGAUAUGUUCAACCCAAAUAGUUGAAAAUGAAUCUUUUUAAAUUGCAGUUUCUUAAUCUUUUGCUUAUGUUGCAUCAGUGCUCAAGAAAAUAUUUUUACACUUUUAUGACCUUAUUGUGUUGCAAGUGCUGUAAAACUCUUACUAUAACUAAAAAACGAAGAAAAUAUUUUGUUGAAAUUCAAAUUUUAAAUACAUUUGAGCAGC